GAAAAUUGUUAUUUUAAUGAUAUAGGGAGAUUAUUCCAGUUGAAAUACCUAGCACUGCAUGAAGUUAACAUCAGCAAGCUUCCGGAUGAAAUAGGGGAACUGCAACAACUCGAGUCACUAGAGCUAAGGUGGACAGGGAUAAAGGAAUUGCCCAAGAAUAUUGUCCGGCUGAAAAAGUUGGUGUUCUUAUAUGCUAGUAAUGUAAGGCUUUUUGAAGGAAUCGGAGACAUGAAAGCUUUGCAGGAAGUUCGUUACGUGAAAGUCGACAGCAGCACCCCAACAACUUCCUUGGAUGAGCUAGGCAGUUUGACUGAGUUAAGAUAUCUAGGGAUAGAUUGGCUUGUAAGUGAUACAUGCAGUGAUCAGAAAAGUUACACAGAGAGCUUUGUUUCAUGCAUUGAUAGACUCUGCAGAUCCAAGUUUCGGUAUCUAAAUAUUGGAUGUGAUGUUAAAAAUGGCAUGACUCUAGAUUUCUUGCUGGAUUCCUGCCCACCUUCCCUCUGUGUUCUUCAAAAUUUUGUGAUGAGAUCAGGCUACUACUUUUCUAGAAUUCCAGAGUGGGCGGCCUUGCUCUCUAACGUCACCUUGAUAGCCAUCCAUAUUAAACCAGUUGGAGAGGAAGUUCUUUGGAUCCUUGGGUGCUUGCCUUCUCUCCAGUCCCUCUCUCUAAAGACAACAGAAGUAGCCCCUGGUGAAACACUCAUCAUCAGUAACAGUGGAUUCAAAUCUUUGGAGAAGUUUUUCUUCUCCUGGAAUAUUGCAAUGGGACCACUAGUGUUUGAGGAUGGUGCUAUGCCAAAACUUGAAAGGUUUGUUUUUAAGCUAGUGGCACGAUGCGUGAGAUCUCCAUGUGGUGAUUUUUAUCUUGGCCUCCAACAACUUCCUUCCCUCAAGCAUCUCCUUGUUGAUAUAGAUUGUCGAGGUGCAAAUGCUGAAGAAGUUCAGACCACAGAGGCAGCCAUGAAGAAUGCAACUGAUCUCACUCUCAGCCAUGUACGAAUUGAUUUCAGUAAAUUGUGGAUGGACCAGAUGGCAAAAGAUGAUGACGUGGGGAGCGUGGAAGGCAGUGAACAUAUGGGAAGUGAAUGUCAGGUAGAGAGCAGUACUAAAGUUCUAUUGGAUCAGCAUUUCAGAAUAUUCUUAUAUUAAGCAACAUGGAAAGAUGAAGUGUGAGGUUCUAGAAGCUAGAGAUGAAAUGUAUCAUCAGCUGAGCACAUGAGGACAAAGAUGAUGUCUCACUUCAACUUCAAGGAGGAAGGGGCUGCAAUACAUGGAUGGCAGAUUCACCCAAGUAUUGUGCUGGCAGAGGCAUUCAGCAGCAACUAGAUGCUCGGUGGUAAGGGAACAUAUCGCCGCAAUAAAGAGAAGAUAUUAGCAUGAAAAUUCUUCAGCUGCAUACCUGCGAAUCAAGAUACUUCAAGGGGCAGCUCAUGUCAGCCAAUACUACCAGCUGCAGAACUUGAACUCUUGAAGCUCCAGCUAGCAGCUCACAGCCAUCUGUGUCCGUGGACAUAACCUCAGGAGUAGGCCUGUGUAGCUCCAUGGUGAGAGUGUGCAUUGUUGACGUGUACAAGUAGAUUGCCUAGCCUUUUCCAUCAGUUCGGACUUUUGGUUCAAGUGGCUAGUGCAUGAAGCUUAACAUGGUAUGAGAGCCCCAGGUCUCGAGUUUAAAUCCUGGCUCUCACAAUUUAUUCUAAAUUCCCCCGCAGCCUCUUACCGUGUGGCGUGUGGUCCCGGCGCUGCCUCUUUGCCUCUCUACACUUGUUGACUUGUCUUCUCGUCUCCCCGUCACACGUGAGAGGGGGUGUUGACGUGUACAAGUAGAUUGCCUAGCUCUUUCCAUCAGUUCGGAAUUUUGGUUCAAGUGGCUAGUGCAUGAAGCUUAACAUGCAUUAACAGAGUUAUAAUGGCAUUUAAGAGGGCCAAUUAUUUAUGCAUUGUGCUCUAGAACUUAAAUGAUGUAAUAGUAGACUUGCUGGA